CCGUACUCGUCUUACUACUUCGGUCCGCCACCGCCGGAUGCUGCAUAUGGCACCCCUCCAGUGGGUCAGAUCGGCCUCCACCACCCGCGUGAAAUCGUCAGGAUAGAGCGCGACUACUCUGCAGGCGAACUACCUCAGUUCUCUCCGGUAUACCCGUUGGAAUUUGAGGGUCGGUUAACACCGACACAAUUCCUCGAGUCCAUCAACGCCAUGAACGAACUCCUGAUCUCCGCACAUAGCUUGAAGCAGUCGUUCAUGGACAACGCAUUGUCGUUCUUCACAUUGCAGGCCUCGAGGCUGGUGUUCACGUCACAUUACGAGAAGGUACGCCCUUUAUUGUACCAUUCCGUGCUGCGCCGCAGAUGA